UCUCUCUCUCUCUCUCUCUACCUCAGUGAAAAUCACCGUUUUUGGACCUAAAUCUCUCUUGAAAUCCCUAUUGGCUUCCCAAAAACAGAAAUCCCUUCUCGGUCUUUGUAACUACGGUUGUCUCUUUCGGCGCAGUCUGGGUCUUCGAUCGUUCUGCGGUGUCCACUUGCAACGGGAUUAGGGUUUCGGCGACCUUCAGCAAUCCGUAGAUGGGUGGGGGCUGAGGCUUUUGUUUCUUGCAUAUUUUUGGUUUAGAAGUGAGGCGAAUGGGGAUUGUUUCUUCUGCUGGCGGGGAGAAUUAGCGACGAUUGAUAUGUGGGGAAUUGAUGUUUCACGCACGAGUAGGAAUCGGAACUGGUUGUCGCGGUGAAGAUGCAAGAAAAAGUAGUCAGCAUAUGCGGCCUGUGCUUACGAACGUCGCAGCAGCAGCAGAAGCUAAUAAACCAGCCCCGGUUCUGCUGCCAACAACUCCCAAGUUGUUUUUGAAGGAUGGACGCAAGAUUCAGGUGGGCGAUUGUGCACUCUUCCAAGCUGGCAAUGCUCCACCUUUUAUUGGAAUAAUUCGUAGGUUUUCAACAGACAAAGAAGAUUGUUUGAAGUUAUGUGUAAACUGGCUUUACCGGCAAGCUGAUAUAAAGCUUGCAAAUGGCUUAUUGUUGGAGGCGGCGCCCAAUGAAGUUUUCUACUCUACUCAUAAGGACAUAAUUUCUGUCACUUCAGUGCUUCAUCCUUGUAAAGUUGCUUUUCUAGGCAAGGAUGUUCAGCUUCCAUCAGGGAUAUCUUCUUUUGUGUGUAGGCGUUUUUAUGACCUAGAGAACAAGUGUCUAUGGUGGUUAACCGAUCGUGGUUAUAUAAAGAGGAGACGAGAAGAGUUAGAUCAGUUAUUAGAUAAAACUCGGAUAGAAAUGAAUGCAACUGUGCAGUCUGGAGGUCGUUCUCCCAAAAAUUUGAACAGCCCGAUUUCAGCACAGCAAUUGAUGCCUACUCCACCAACUUUACAGAAUAAUGGAACUACCUUCUCUUCACAAAUUAAGGGAAAGAAGAGGGGGAGGGGUGAUAAAGGUAUGGAGUUGAUUAAACGAGAGCAUAUUCUAAAAGCAGAUGAUGGUGAUUCUGCUGUUUGCAAAUUUGAUAACAUCACGAUAAAGGCUGAGAUUUCCAAAAUAACUGAGAAAGGUGCUUUAAUAACUACCGAUGGUGUGGAAAAGCUGGUUCAACUGAUGCAGAUUGAUAAUAAUGGAAAAUUGGACUUAGCCUGCCGGGUCUUGCUUGCAGAUGUGAUUGCAGCUACAGAUACAAUUGACUGCCUUAACAAGUUUGUGCAGAUCAGGGGAUUGCCAAUAUUUGAUGAAUGGCUUCAGGAGGCACACAAAGGGAAGGCUGGUGAUGGUCCCAAAGAGACCGAUAAAUCUGUUGAAGAGCUUGUGCUGUCCUUGCUUCGUGCACUAGAUAAAUUACCUGUGAAUCUUAACGCACUCCAAACUUGUAAUAUUGGCAAAUCCGUGAAUCAUUUGCGUGGUUCUAAGAACAUGGAAAUUCAGAAGAAGGCUAGAAGCCUUGUGGACACAUGGAAGAAAAGAGUUGAUGCUGAAAUGAAGACUAUUGAUGCAAAAACUGUUGGGUCAAGUCAAGCAGUUACAUGGCCCGUGAAACCUGGUUUCACUGAAGUUACUCAUGCUGGAAGCAGAAGAACUGGUUCGACCGGCUUAACUAUGAAUAGGCUAAUCACUCAGCAGUCUACAUGUAAGGCUUUGCCUGGGAAGUUUGUUCCUGCAGAUGAUGUUGUCAGGCCUGCUACUCUGAUUGCAGGAUCUCCAAAGCUGCAAUCACCACCUGCAGUAACUAGCUCAAAAGCUAUUGGUGUUACUGGGGCUUUGGACCUGCCUCAUGUGGUAGCAAAGGAGGAAAAGAGCAGCAAUUCAAGCCAGUCUCAAAGCAAUAGUCAAUCUUGUUCUAGUGAUCACGGAAAGACUAUUAGCCCUUGUUUGAAAGAAGAUGCUAGGAGCUCAACUGCUAGAUCAGUGAAUGCUAGCAAGACCUUUGUUGGUUCAUCUCAUCCUCAAAAGUCAAGUAAUGGGUAUAUGGCAAUCAGCUGUUCUGGGGGACAGAAGGAUUCAAGCAAACCUGGCUCUGUUAGUAGGACUUCGGUAGUUGAUAAUGCUUCGCAAUCUGCACUCAGUUGUGCAAGAACAGUCAAUAUGCCAGCUUCAGAUCAUGGCAGCAGCCACAGGUUUUUUGUUAGACCGCCUAACCCGAACCAUAGCCCUUUAAGAAGUAUUAGCGGAAGCUCCUUGGAGGAGCCCUCAACUGGUAGCAGAGCAUCAUCUCCUGGUGUCUCUGAUAAACAUGACCAUGGAGAUCCUGAAGGAAAAACAAGGAAUGAUUCUGAUAAUAAUAAUAUUUCUGCUAAUCUAAAUGCUGACUCAUGGCAGAGUAAUGAUGUCAAAGUGGGGCUUGUUGGAUAUGACCAGGGUGAUGGAUCAGCAACAGUUGUACCUAGGGAAGAAGUUAGAGCUGCUGUUGAAGCUGGAAGUGCAUCAGAAAUCUUGAGAACUGCCUGUUCAUCAUCAGGUAAUGAGAGGGGUACUCCUUUUACUGAUCCCAAGAUGAAUUCUUUUAGCUCGAUGAAUGCGUUAGCUGAGAGUUGUGCCAAAUAUUGUGAAGCUAGCUCGCCUUUACCAGAUGGAGAUGAUGUUGGAAUGGAUUUACUUGCCAGUGUUGCUACUGGAGAAAUGCUCAAAUCCGACUUGGUUUCCCCUGCUGCUUCUCAAGGAAGUUAUCCUGCCAAGGAGGACCACUUUGCGGGCAGUAAUGUGCCCAAUGUCAGAUUUUCUUCUGGUGUUGCGGGUUGUCAAAUUCUCAGUCCAUCUGCUGAAAAUAAUGAUUUCCACUCUCACAAAGAUGGAAACAAGAGUGGUUCCGUCUUUGUAAAAGAUCAGAUACAGAAGGUGUUUCCGAAAUUCACAUGUAAUGACCAAAAAAUGGUACUCUUAUUGGAAAGUUUCAAGGGACAGCUCAACAGAGAAGAUGUGGAUCAGGACGAAGAUGCACGAGGCGUUGAUGGGAAGGUUAGUGAUGAUUUCACUGGGAAAUCUGAGAGUCCGGUUGGUGAAACAAAGUCCUGUGGCCAUGUUUGUGAAAAAAUUGCCGAAGGGAGUAUGCAUGCUUCUGAUUCAGAUAACAAAUUGCUGUUUCAUUGUGUUGGUGGAAGUUCUGUACAGCAACCUCCUUCAGAUAAAUUAGAACAGAGGCCUCCCACCUUAACUGGACAACAGACAUCUUCUAUUGUAGAAGUUACAACAAAGGAUGUGGAAGAUGAUUGCCAAGAUGCAAGCGAUAGGAAUGUAUCUGCUGAAGAACAUACUGGAUUUACUUCAAGCAGUCAUGUCAUGGCCAAUGGCACUGAGACCAUUGAAAGGAAAGGUUCUCUUGAGAGCUGUGUUGCAGGCUCAGUUGGCAAUUAUGAACUGUCCAAUAUAUCUAGGGAAGCUGAAUCCCCUGCAAGAAAGGAGGAACUCGUAUCAGUGUCAGAGGCUACCUCAUAUGUAGCUGCUGCUGCUGAGCGAGAUGCUGGUGGUAAGCUUGACUUUGACUUGAAUGAAGGCCUACCUGGCGAGGAUAUAAACCAAAUCGAGCCAGCUACGACAGUGACACCUGUUUCAACAGCUACAAGGAUGCCAAGCUUACCGCCUUGCAUAUCUUCUCUUGUUUUAAGUAACUCACCUUGUCCAAUAACUGUUGCUGCUCCAGCAAAAGGACCGUUUCUUCCUCCAGAGAACUUGUUAAAGUGUAAAGGAGAACCUGGAUGGAAGGGUUCAGCUGCUACCAGUGCGUUUCGCCCGGCAGAACCUAGAAAGGUUCUUGACAGGCUGCUCACUACUGACGUGCAGUUAUCCGACAGUGCAACUACUAAGAAAGCUGACCCUCAAUUGGACAUUGAUUUGAAUGUUCCCAGCGACAGAGUUCUUGAUGAUUUAGCCUCUGAGAACUUCCCUGACACUACAGAAUCUGAAUCAGGUAUCAUUAUCAGCACUCCAGCUGCAAGAGCUAUUGGAGAGCUUGAUCUAGAUUUGAAUAGGGUUGAAGAAGAUAUGGAAAAUGGCCAUUGCUCUGCUAGCUCCAGCUGUAGAUUGGAAGUUUCACUGUUGCCCAAAAGAUCUGUGUCUGAGACACUUGCUAAUGGGGAGAUGAAUAUGUCGAGGGACUUUGAUCUUAACAAUGGACCAGUUCUCAUUGAAGUAGGUGCAGAGCCUGUCCGAAGGAAACAAUUGCUGAAGAGCAGUGGUAAUGUAUCAUUUGUUCCUUCAAUUAGUGCUCUCAGAAUGAAUCAUACUAAUGCUGGAAAUGGGUGGUUUCCUGCUGGAAACUCCUAUCCAGCAGUUGCUGCUCCAUUCUUACCUGAUAGAGGAGGGUCAUCCUACCCAAUUGUUGCAUCUGCAGGGGCCCAGACGAUUUUGAGGCCAGUUAUAGGUUCUGUUGCCUAUGGAAGUGAUGUAUAUAGAGCACCAGUCCUUUCAUCUUCUUCAACCAUGGCCUUCUCGCCAGGUGCUACGUCAUUGCCUUAUGUUGGCUUCCCUUUUAGCUCUAGCUUUCCGUUGGCAUCAACUUGCUUCACAGCUGGACCAACAACCUACGUUGAUUCACCAGCAGGUGGUGCUUCAUACUUCCCUCCCAUCUUUUCUCAGAUUGUUGGACAGGUAGGUGCUAUGCCUUAUUCUUAUCCAAGGCCCUAUGUGAUAAGUCUUCCAGAUGUUAAUACUAGUGGUGGAACUGAAACCUGUAGCAAAUGGGGGAGGCAAGUUCUGGAUUUGAAUACUGGCCCUGGAAGUACUGAGGAACUAAAAGACGACAGGAUGCGUUUGUCUUCUAGUCAAAUUUCUGUUACCAGUUCACAUACCUUAAUGGAGGAACAGUCAAGGCUACAUCAGCUGGGGAUUGGUAGUUUGAAAAGGAAGGUGCCAGGAGCUUGGGAAACAGAGAGAUUUAAUUACAGUCAUUCCUCAUGGCAGUAAGAAUAUGUGGUAUAAUGGGAAAGUCAUUUUGUCGUUGGCAACUUAAAUACUAGUGUCUAGUUAGCCGGCAGUUGAAUCUUUUUUGCGUCCUCUUUUAGGCUUUGCAAAUCUGUUGGCAUUGGUGAUAUGUAUUUUGUUCUUGUUCAUAUGGAUGAGAGUAGAUAACCUUGGAUUACAGGCACCACCAGCUUUAAGGAAUUUGUACCUCUUUUUUUUUUUUUUCUCUUCGUAUAAGUUAUACACAUUUGAGACCCUUCCGGUCCUUGUGUAGGUCAAGGUGAUGUGGAGCUCGUUCGAAUUGAAACCUUGAGUUAGUCCUUGUAAAUAUUGAGAUACGAUGCUUUCCCAGAAAAGAAAAAAAAAACAGUUUUCAAUGUUCUAGCA